AUGGGACUUUUGAAACUCUAAGCAAACUGGAGACCAGAGGAGUUGUAAUUCUGGGGUAAAAUUUAAGGAAUUAAUAAUGACUACUAUAUUGCUGUUUCACUUACUUAUACAAAUCAAUAUGAGUUCCCAACAAAAAAAUUCUUCUGGGCAUUGUCUAAGGACUUUGAAUUCCAAGAGAUGCCUGAGUUAAACGAUUAACACAAGGAAGCUAUAAACAAAGAGAAUUCUCUUUUCGAGGGAAACCCAAAGAAAAAGCUUGUAAGCGUUAAAAAAGAGGGUGAAGAGGAAGAAGGGGGUGCCCCUGCUGAAGAUGCUCCUGUAGAAGAAGGUGGAGAAGAGGCAAAGAAAGAUAAUCUUUCAGAUAUUUCGGAAGAGGAAGAAAUCAAAAUCCCACCCAAAGACUUAACAGAGCUUGAUAGACUAACAUAUGUUGUUCAUGCUAUUGAAAAUGAUUGUGUAAUUUCUCCAAUCGGUGCCUAUAAGCUGACCCCAACUCAUUAAGUUAGAAGAAACGAAGCAUUCAAGGGACUAAAUGAAGAUCAAUACUUGCAACUCGAAAACUAUCAACAUUUCAGAAACGUUUAAGGAUAGCAAUACAAAGAUGAACUUGAUAAGCCAAGCGCUCCAUUCAAUCCUAGGUUCCUUGAACCAGUUGUUGAAGAUCAGCCAAAGGGUGUCUGGUCAAUCCAAGCUGAUAGUUGCAAGACUAAUGCCAUAGCUAGAAACCUUUUAUGGCCAGGAUUCGGAUUUUAUCAUAAACAUGGAAGCAAGAAAUUCGGGAAUAUGUAUAUCGGAGACGGUCUCAAGAAUGAUGAGCUUCCUUUUAUGAUUUAAUGA